AUGUUGCGUGGUAUAUUGUGGAGACGCAGUCUUCCUUUGUCAAGGCGGCGGUUCAGCGGCCGAACCGAACCAUCUGAGGUGCGUACUGGCGUCACCUCUAACAUUUCAGACGUGCCAAACGAGACAUCUGUCGUCACCCCUCUGAGCCCUAUUUACACUCAGCGUGUGGGUAUGUUUCUGGAACCAGGCAUCCUUUUUAAAGAACACCGCCGAAGGCACAUCAUCACCUUUAGGCUGUACUUCUUAUCGAUAGUCUCUCUGACUGUCAUAUUUGCUAUGAUUAAGAUAGUACCUCCGGGUUACGUAGGUCUUAUAGUGCGUAGGGACGGUCAAAUUGAUCAAUUCAACAACGAGGGUCGUAUAGCCUUGUUCUACGUUCCUUUUUUAGAGGUACCGGUGGCAUUCCGCACUACCCCAAUCCGCAAGAAAAUCGUAGAAAAGUUUACGACGAAGGACGGUCACCAAGUAGAGGCAGUUGUAUUUUUUGACGUGCAAGCAAAGCUGGCAUACGCGAGUCAUAUUUACUCUGUAUUUGGUACCAACUUUUCAAAAUCGUUCGUCGAGAAAGAACUUAUGUUUGACGUAGAGCAAGUGGUAAAGAGAUUUGACAAAGCUGACCUCUUGGUCCAGUCAGACGAAAUCGAACGUCUAUUCUCGGGGGCGGGCCAGCACAUCGCAACCCUCAAGACCCACAAGGCGACGGAGGAGAUCAUAGAACGCUUCCAGGACGCGGGAGCAUUCCACAAGAUUACGGUCAGCAAUGUGAACGUAAGUUUCCGCGACCCCAGCUUGCUGCCUGAUGUGUGA